UGGUGGUAAUGGCCACGCAUGUUGUUUCUGUCUUCAUCAGAAUUGUUCAUGAAUUGGCAGUAACACAUUGUUGUAUAGCUGAUUUCCCAUUAUAAUAACCUGGGUUUGAGCAGCCAUGUCAUCUUUUGUCGACCACACAAGUCUUACCCUGGGACAACUUGCUAUGACGAUACAGAUAAAAUAGUGAAGGAGGAAUUGAGUUUGGAUGAGUCAGAAAUCCCCAGCAACAGGACAAUGGUGCAGGGUUGUACUGAGAAAUCUGUAGAAGGGAACCCUGCCAAUACCAAGCGCAGUCCAAAGUCAGCAUUCUCCAUCAACACCCUCACCCAUCAUAGAAUGCACAGGUCUGCUGUUCGACCAUUCUUCUGCUGUGGUAGCCAGAUUUCUCUCAACAGCAUCAGCGAUUUUGUUGACCAAGCUUCCCGUGAAAAGGAAGAAAGUGAGUUGACAGACUUGUCAGAUUCCGACGAAAUGGUUGAUUUAAUGUCGGACAUGAAUGUCGAGAGGAACAUGUCAAAAAAGUCGUCAACCCGACGGAUUUCAAACUCCAGAAGGAAAAAGUGUGACAUGCAAGAUAAAAACAUGAGAAAAAAGUUUUGGACAAUCAAAUUCAGGGGGAAAUUAAUAUCGAAAAGUUCGAGGUUAAAUACCACUGACCAAGAGUUAGUGCAAGGGGCCAAAUCUAAUGAAGGCAUCAUGUGUACUUCGUACAGGAGGACACUAGGGAGUUCAAAAGGGGAAAUAACUUUUGAAGAAAUAGAGCCGUCAUCUGCAGACACUAUAAGUUUAUCAGAAGAUGAUUACAGAUCGGCUAGUCAGGUGGGCGGAGCUGAAGGAGGUUUAAUUCCAGAUAGCCUAUUAACAGAGGGUCUUGUAACAGAAGGACUUAUGUCAGAUACUAGUCGUGUGCCCCGCGGUAGGGCCCAACGGUUCAGUGCCCCAGACCUGCAACGAACCACAUCAGAAGUAUUCGUCAUGUUCAGGCCCCUGAACUCCAUCAACUUUGACGAGCUGUACCCAACAGAGGAUGUGGAUGAGCGAAGGAUUGCCGAAAGAGCAAGGGAAAUGAAGGAAGGGAUUGAAAUGAGGCGAAAUAUCUUGGUUCCACAGUUCGAAGCAAGUGAGGGGGGUGGUGGUAAUCCUGAGCGCAUCCACUUAGUACAGGCACCUCCAUCACCGAUACCGACACCAACUAUCCCACGGGUACCACAACUAGGUCGUCAUUACGGUGCUCACUCUCAAGUAGACUACAUGCAUUGUUUGGUGCCAGACAUCCUUCAGAUCACCAAGUGCAGUUUUUACUGGGGGGUCAUGGACCGUUACCAGGCUGAAAAACUACUAGAAAACAAACCAGAGGGCACAUUUCUUCUUAGAGAUAGUGCACAGGAGGAAUUUCUUUUCUCAGUUAGCUUUAGACGAUAUGGACGGUCAUUACAUGCCAGAAUCGAACAAUGGAAUCACAAAUUCAGUUUUGAUUCUCACGACCCCGGUGUGUUCGCGUCUGAUACAGUUUGUGGUCUGAUUGAACACUACAAAGACCCUAGCUGUUGUAUGUUCUUUGAACCGAUGCUGACGUCUCCUUUACACCGCAACUUCACAUUCUCACUCCAGCACAUGUGUCGAUCCAGCAUCUGUGACAAUACAACAUACGACGGAGUGCACAAUCUGCCACUCCCACGAUCACUAAAAGAGUACCUUUUAUACUAUCAUUAUAAACAGAAAGUUUGUGUGCGAAGGUUUGAUAUGGCAUCCUAGCCAAUGCUUCACAGAAGAGACAAAGAUUGGACUUGGCAUACACACGUCCACCAGACCUAAUUAUAUAACCUCUAGUUAAUGUGCCACCUUUUUAAUAUAUAUAUAAGUUAUUUGUUCAGUACAGUGGAAACUGUCGUGCAGUGAACAGUUUUUGCUAGUUUCACGACUGUUAUAUCAGUGUGAAAAUAUGCAUGUGCAAACACGUUGACAGAUUGCAUUGACAUGAUGAAUGUACCACAUGAAAAUUUCCACAUUGUGAUUAGUGUGACUAAUUAAAAUGCGAAAAAUUCUGCGUUACAAAUCACAAAUAGUUCAGAAAUACCCAUAUCAUGAAUAAUUAGAGGAGUUAAAAGUCCAAAGUUUCUACAUCAUGCAAAGAGUUUCCACUCUACAGUAUAAGAGCUGUCUUUUCUUUAACCUGUCAGAUGCAAAAUUCUUUCCAAAAAUUGGGCCUAGGUGUAUUGGAGACCUUCGUUAGGAAUCGCUUAGUGGUAUUUGUACUAUGUACUAUUAUAUUACCUGUAAAUGUAUAGGUAUUACUGUAAACUGGGAAAUAUCACUGCAGUUUCAUUUUCGCCUUUUUCGCCUUCCAUGACGAGGGCGAAUUUAUAAGAACGGCGAAUAUAAGUAAACAAUAUAAUAUGCAUAGUAGUUUAAUGUGAAGGGCGAAAUGAACACUGAGCGAAAAUUGAGUUCAUGGGCAGAGGGCGAAAGUUUGACUAGGCAAUAAUUUCUCUGUAUACAGUAUACUAGUUGAAUAGCAAAUGAGAUAGUACAGAAUAUUUUUCUGAGGAAUUGUGAGUGCAGGUUGUUAAACUAAGGAGAUUUAGGUUGUCAUUGUCUAUAAGUUCCUUGUUUGUGGCUUACCGGUAAUCCUGUUGAUGUUCUGUCGAUAUGGUUUGCAAAUUUUACAACCUGUUCUAAGUGUUCCCUGAAUGCGAGUUUUGAAAUUUGUUGAAGUUAAAGAAUGGUAUACAUGGUAUGUACUGUCUGAAUCUCUACGAAGUUUAACGGUCAAGAAAGAAUUAUCAAUGCAAGCUGUCCAUUAAAUUGUGUUGCAAUAUCAUUGGGAGUCAUUUUAACUUUAAUUGUGUGUUAUUUUCAUAUAUACGUGAACAAAUUGGAUGUCUUUUUUGUAGCAUUUUGAAUACCACUAAUAGAUUAAGAAAGUCUUCUCUUUUUUUACAGUUUUGAUUCAUUAAAAGUAUCUGAAGUAACUGCUUUUACAGAUUUUUGGUAACUAUUAUAUUUAAGAUCUUUUUAAGUAUUUUUCAGUUGCUGAAUAUCAUAAAAGAAACACAACUUUUAAUAAAAACAGAUGUGGUUUUUAAGAAUAAUUCCAAUGCAUUUUAUAUAACAAUAUGUGACAUCUAUUCCGUUUGUAUUUAUUGUCCAAAAAAUCUAGCUAUAGCUGACUACAUCACUUUACUUUCAACACAUCACUUUAAAAAAAUAAAAAAAUAACAAUGAUAUUGAGUGUUGUGCGACCCCUGGACAUACCGUAUAUGACAGGGGAUAAUCCAAGACGCUUUCACACUUAGUAUAGCGUACGUACCUGUCACAAUGGUAACUGGUAUAAAAAUUACAUUGUAAUUUGUUAUAAAAUCAUUUCAACACUGAUGUCGUUGUUAUGGUAUGGUCUGUAUAUUACUGUUGACUUGACAAUAUCAAUUAUAAAAUUAGGGUUAACCCUUUCACCCCUAUGUAAUUUUAGUAAACUCUACCAUGCAUCGAUCUGGUUGUGUCCAUUAUAGUCUACAGUGGUGAAAGGGUAAAAAAUGUUUUUCACCUGGGUUGUUCAUUAGCUCAGUCAACAUGUGCUGUAUUUCAAAUAAUUUUUGAUGUGAUGUGAAUUUCUACUUAUUUAGAAAAUUCUCAUAACCAAUUUAGUCGAGCAUUUAGUGGAACAUCUAGGAUUUUAGGAUGUCUGAUCAAUAGUUGAAAUAUAUGUGAUCCGAUACGUCUUUCCAAAAUAUUCCGUGGGAAUUUCUGCAUUUUAAUUAGAAUAUAGCUAGAGACUUACACAUGUAUCUGCAUUGCAAAAGAGUUAAAUACCAAGAACACUAUUGAAUAUCUUCGAGGAAUAUAGAUUUCGGUUGGGGAAAAAAAAAAUCCUGGUUUUCAUUAAUUUAUGAUAAUUUAUUAAUUUUUAUGAAAAAUAGAAAAGAUUGUCACAAAUCAUAGAUAGAUUAUAUUAUAUGUAGGUUUGUGUAUGAAAAAAUGAUUUAGUGUUACACAUAAAUAUGACUGCGUAUAAAGAAAAAUGCCAGCUGAAGCAAAAGUGCAUAAAUAAAGUCACAUAACUGUUGUAUUCAUUGUUAUAAUCUAGAGAUAUUAUUCAUUUACUCUUAAUGAUAACUAUAUAUACAUGUAUAUAUGAACGGUGAUAAAUAAACAUCAAUCCGCCUAAAGAAGCCCUAGAAGGCAGAAAGGCCUAGCGGAAGAUCUGAAAAAUUUGUUUUUAUUCUAUACAUGUAUAUAUAUAUAGACACAAUUUUGUUGUUGCAAUAUAGUGGUGCUUUUGAAUAUGGUCUGAUCAAGGUUCUUUAUUUGUGCAAUAUAGCUAUAUAGAGAAAAAUAUUUGUGAGUUGCCAUAUUUGUUGAAAAUAAGAGAUAUAUACCGGUAUUAAAGGUUAACUCAUGUCACGAUCGUUGGAGCACUAUAAUAAUGUGUUGUUGUACUGUGUUCCCAAAACUGAUGUUCAUCAUGUCACGAUCGUUGGAGCACUAUAAUGUAUUGUUGUGUACCGUGUUCCCAAAACUGAUGUUCAGCAUGUGUUCUUCUGAAUGCCCUGUGAAUAUUUAUAGCAAUUAAGAGAAAAUUCAAUUUUCUAAAUAUAGUAAAAUUUCAAUUUUUGGAAGAUGAUUACUGUCAGUACUGCAGCUAGUUAUAAUGCAUGACAGAACACUUGGUUUAAAGUGACUUCAACAGAUAUCCAUCUGUUCUUUCACCGUCUUGUCAAGAUCUGUUGAUAGGGAAUACUGGGCAUCACAGAUGUUAAUACUAAUUCUCGUCCUUUUAAAUAAGUCACAGAAGGAGGAUGGGUGGGUAUUCAUGAAUCCGUUGUCGUGCUCCCACUAAGAUUCUGUGCUCAAGAAAAAAUUCUUGUAUCUGGUGAUCAUGAUAAGUUAAUAAAAAUCCAUGAUACUAAAUGUGAAUGAUUUGGAAGAACUUUUGAGAAACAUAUAUAUUAGAAUACGGGUUUCAAUGUUUACGUUUGACUUUUUGGCGGAGUCACAUGAUUUAAGCGAGUAACAAGAAAGUUGGAUUUGAGUACAGCAUCCAUGCUUGAGCACAAGAACACUUUCAUGAAUAUGGGCCCUGAUCUCUUCAACAAAAGGUGUAUUUACCUGAAAGUGUUAAUUACUUGCUUAUAUUUCAUAUCUGUGUCAAAUGAAAUUUUAUAAAGCCUGCUCCGGAAUCAUGAUACUGAUUCUUAUUCAUUUAAAAUGUGGUCUAAUUUUCAGAUUUGGUCAUAUAACAAACUCA